UUGGAGGAGCUGGGGCUCGAACUCACGACCCCUGAUUUCGUAGUCAAAGUGUUACCACUGGACCACUGCGUCCGCUCUCAUUGGGGUGCCCUUUUACUACAGGCACUUUUCAUGUAAAAAAUCCAUUUCUUAGAUAGAUAUCAGGAAUGUUGUUGUUGUUUUUAUAUCAGAAAGCUGAUUUUCACUUUUAUUGGAAAUUCCUUUUUUUUUUCGUGUGAAGAAAUAAAUGGGUUUUUUUUUCUGAUAAAAAUUCAAUUUAUUUGUUUCAGAAAAUGGUUAAUACGCCUUUAGUGUAUUUAAAUGGAAUAUAGCAUGUUGAUAUUGGUUUAGACAAUGCCACAAUUAUACAUAUACAAUUCGUAAACAUCAUUAUUUUCAUCAAUACGUCAGUCAAUACCUUGAUUAAAUGUAAGAUUGAACACGAAAUGUAACCGAUAUUUGUUGGCAGGGCAAGGAUGUCUCGAGCAAUCAAACAGGUUGUUUCUCCGAAGACGAUGCGAGAGGGUGGAGGGGUUCUGGUCAGACGCGUUCUAGGUGGUGCCGUAUCCUCGUGCGAUCCGUUUUUGAUGUUGGGUCAUAUCGGGCCUGUCACUCAUGGUCCAGGGGAAGCGAUAGGGGCACCCGAUCAUCCGCACAGAGGAUUUGAAACUGUGACCUACAUAAUCGAAGGGGAGUCUCAGCACAAAGACUCACAGGGAAACACUGGGACUCUUGGACCCUGUGCAUGGGUUCAGUGGAAGACGGGUGGAUGGUGUCAUUCUACUGAAAUGCCAACAGAAAAGAUGCAGAAAUAUGGGGGUCGUAUGGAAGGGUUUCAGCUUUGGGUUAAUCUUCCAGCCAAGGAUAAAAUGAUUCCACCUCGAUAUCAAGAUACUCCGCCGGAGAAGAUCCCAGUUGUUGAAUCACAUGACAGAAAGGUCAAGGUUAAAGUUAUCGCCGGAGAAUCGAUGGGUACAAAAGCUUACAUCGACACGCGGAGCCUGGAUAUUACUAUAGAGUCAGGUGCAAGUUUUAGCCAGCCUGUUCCUGAGAAUUAUGAUGGGUUUGUCUAUGUUUGGAGAGGAUCGGCAAAAAUAGGAUCUGGCAACACCGAGGUCGGUUUGUAUCAGUUUGGUCUUCUUGGAGGAGGAUCGAACCUGAACAUAACAGCGAACUCAGAGGGUUGUCGCUUAAGUCCGAUUGCGGGACAGCCAUUAAAAGAACCUGUGGUUUGGCAUGGACCUUUUGUAAUGAACACUAGGGAAGAAACAGAUCAGGGUAAAGCAGACAUUCUGAAUCCAAACUUGUUCUUUCAGGCAAUAUCAGAUUAUCACAGCGGGAAGCUUGGGAAAAUUAAAGGGGCGGAGGAGAGGAUGAGGCAGACAGAAAACGCCAGGCAGAAACAGAAACAAACGGGAACAUGGAAUAGGAGAUAA